AUGUCGUCAACUACCAAACCGACUAUUAUUCUCGUGCAUGGCGCAUGGCAUGGCUCGUGGUGCUGGAGAUUCCAAAUCCCCGCUUUCGAGGCUCUCGGCUACGUUGUGGAGGCCGUGGACCUACCGUGCGUUAGUGGGGUAGCAGGUAUAACGCAGUUCGACGACGCGGCCCACGUACGAUCCGUUGUGGAAGCGCAGAUAUCUAUGGGUAAGCGCGUCGUUGUCCUAGCGCAUUCAUACGGAGGACCGAUUGCGAGUGCUGCCAUCAAGGGGCUGGCUGGCAAAGGCGUUCUCGGGAUGGUCGCUCUGUGUGCCUAUAUCUUUCCUGGAGGCAUGGACCAAGGCGCGGUCAUUCGCGACAUGGGCGGCCUGCCCUACGUGAUGUGGAACGUGCCAAGUGAAGGCCUCUUCCUCGCCAAAGAUCCGCGCAGCUUGUUUUUCCCUCCAGAUGCGCCUGCAGACCGAAUCGACUGGGCAGUACCGCAGCUUCGCCCUCAGAGCAUGGCCGCCAACAUCGGCAUUGUGCCGCCUCAAGCCUGGGAAGACGACUCUUAUACUGGGAGACUAGGAUAUAUCAGGUGUACGGCUGAUGUCGUCAAUCCAAUCGACCAGCAGGACAGCAUGGUGGCGGGCGCAGGUGGCCAGGGAAAAUGGGUAGUUCGCACUCUCGAAGGAUCUGGUCAUAGUCCCUUCCUUUCACGGCCGAAUGAGGUAGCCGCUGCACUUCAGGAGAUCGUGAAUGAAUUUGAAGCCAAGCUCUGA